GCUUCCGAAUCCCGACUAUACACAUUCUCAAACGAGACCAAGGAGCAUCUUCGCAAAUUCCGACUGACAACCUCUCGAGCAAAGGGCCCGCAAGCGGUUAUCUAUCUCAUUGACAAGAACACGCAUGAGAUUCGCAAAGAAGAUUCCACAGUCUAUACCUCCCUCGAAGAGAUCGCCGACGAGCUUCCCGAUAAUUCGCCACGAUAUGUCCUAUUAAGUUAUCCUUUAACAAUGCCGGAUGGUCGUCUGUCCGUGCCAUACGUUCUACUAUACUACCUUCCCGACACUUGUAACGCUGAGAUGCGAAUGCUCUAUGCUAGUGCAAAGGAGCUGGUGCGCAAUACCAGCCAAGUGGGCAGAGUAAUUGAUAUCGAAAGUACGGACGACCUUGACGACAUCCCAGAGAAGCUCAAAUCGCAAUAA